UGACAAAUACUUCUUUAGCCAUGGCAGACGAGUACAGACGACAAGGAUUUGAGUUGGAAAGAAGAAUAUUUGAGCUCGACAUCAAAUGUUCAAGCCUGAAAGCUGAAAAACAAGAUGAUGACUAUUUACAGAAUGCGUCUGCCAUAUUAGACAAGUUGAAAACUUUUUACAGACAAGGAGAAGAGAGCAGCAACCUUUCCAAGCUGCUUCAGGAUUACACACAGGUGAUUCUUGACAUCACUUUUUAUGAGGAGAAUAAGCUGGUCGACCAGGAGUUCCCUGAGGACUGUUCACCAUUCAAAAUCCAGCAGCUGCUGCAAGACCUAACUGAGCCAGAAGUUUUGGUGACGAGACUUGCACCAGGACAAGAGGUUCAGUCUGUGUUGGGCACAGAGCUGUUAGAAUGUCUCUACUGGAGACGUGGAGCUCUGCUGUAUAUGUACUGUCACACUCUUCAUCAACGAAAACAGUGGAUCAAGAAAAACAAGGACACAUUCCUCAAGUGUAUUCAGGAAGGUGUUCGCUAUCUGAUGCGGAUGCUGCAAGUGAGAAACUCUGUUAAGCUCAGUGAUGGGGUGGUGCUCCAUGACAGCACUACAGCAAGCAUGAUAUCUGAAGGCAUCUUCUCAGACACCCACCUGCUGACCAUGAUGUACAUUGGGGAAAUGUGUUUCUGGGCCGUCAAGUAUGAAGACUGCAACGCAGAAGCUGCAGAACCCAAAGAAGACUGCCUCCAGUUUCGAGACAUCGGUACCCAGAUCCUGAACAAAUACGUCUGUGCUUGUGAGGGUCCUCUGCAGGGCCAGGGCUGGAGCACCGAAAAUGCCAAGGAAAUCCUAAGUAUUUUACAAUAAACAAAUUGUUACUCUGUUAAAGAUGCCCUCAGACACAGAUCUAAGUUCAGUAUUCAAACUUGUCAAUUCCCAGUCUAAAUGAAACCCUUCAAAGGGAUGUAAUGUGAAGGAGAGGAGCAGGCAGCAAGUGGAUAUGUAGAAAGGUAUGUUUAGGUGAGUGUCUACAGGCUACUUAAUCCUAUGCCAAAAAGGCCCCAGACAAAGCAGAUGAACGAGAGAUUAGAAUGGGAAUAAAAUUCUGGGUGUUCAAGAAAGGCUGUUCACUAAUCGUUUAUGCUAUUCUGCUGAUAAAGCAGUUAUCGUUCUGAUUCCAGACUGUUGCCUGGGGCACUCGUUUUGCUCUAAGAAUGUGUUAUAAUAACAUUAAUAUUAUUAAAAGGAUAUUAUUUUUAAGAAAAUUACCAUCUUUAAUUUUUAUGAUUGUUAGAAGUUUAAAGUUAAUCCAGCAGGAUGUCAGACAUUGCACAGUAACAUUUUUAUUUAUUGUUUUGUUGCCAUUUUUACAUUUUUAAGAUAUAACAGGGUGACGUGUUUACAGUUUAAACAGAAAAGGCAAAGAAAAAAGUGUUUAAAAACGGAUGGACUGGUUUAAAUGUUUUAGAAGCUUAAUUUUGUUUCCUUAUACUCCACUUGAAUAAUAUUAUUAGUGUAACAAUAAAAAAAAAACUUUGUUGUUUUGAGAAAAAAAUGUUUUGUUUUUUAUGUCCUUGUUGACAAUAAACACAUGCAUUGUUUCAAGUAAAA